AGAUCGAUCUCGCGAAGACAGUCGCCUUUCGCUUUCGUCUCAAAAGCGUUUUGCAUCACACGCGAACGAACGAAAUUUGUGUUGUGUGAUUUUGGCGAAUCAGUUUUUCGAUUUCUAGUGCAUCGGUUUAAAAAAAAAAACACAAUGGCCCUCCACUUUGUGCUGCGAUCCUCCUGCAGGAACUCCGCUCCGGUCUUCGUGUCUCUGAUCAACGCCGGCAAGGCGCCAGCCAUCAGCCGUUCGCUAACCUCCGCCUCCAAGUCGCUUCUGCUGCCCAAACCGGCUCCUUCGCUUGCCCUGGCCAGCCUGAGACAGUUCACCGCCAGUCCGAUUCGACGAGCGGCCGCCACCGGAAAUCACGUCACACUAUGGAACGCCGAAAGGGCUCUGUCCGUGGGCCUGCUAGGAAUCCUCCCGGUGGGCUUGAUGUUCCCCUCGCAAGCCGGUGACGCCCUGAUGGCCGUCAGCAUCGUCAUGCAUCAGUAUUGGGGUCUGGAAGCCAUCGUCACCGACUACGUGCGGCCAAUUCUGUUCGGAGCGGCCGUCCCGAAGAUCGCCCACGGUUUGCUGCUGGUCGUUUCUGCUGCCACCCUCGGAGGGCUGUUCUACUUCAUCCACAACGACAUCGGCAUUGCCAACACCAUCCGGAAGAUCUGGUCCACCAAGCCGAAGGCUUGAAUCGACGGUUAAACAGAGCGGGAAGCGACGAUUGAUGAUAGUGAGAGGGAGCGCACGCAUUGACCCCGUCACACCAGCAAACCACUGUUUAGGGACAUUUCGGACAACUCGAGAUUCUAAUCAACCCUUUCGGAGGCGCGGGUCUUGCGUGAGCAUCACAUUUGCAUAACAAAGUUUAUUCUUAUUUAAAUUAUUCUCGGAAGUCUCUUAUAAAGUGCUUACAAAGAAAACUGA